UUAUACACACACACACACACACACACGUUCAAAUAUUUCAUAACACAUAUGGUGUCUUGAAGUCAUCGAGUUGCAACUUCUGAGAAUGAUAUAUCGCAGAUAUUCGUUAGUUUUCUACUUUGGUAGUAAUUUAUAACAUGCGAGCAUCAAAAUUUCGAGGGCAAGUUUGUGUUGCACUUAACACACACGCACAUACAACGCGCGCCCGCACGCAUAUGCUCGUCCGCGUUCUCGAGUUUAACAACUACGUCUAUCGUACGUACAUCCGUGCUCUGUACCCGUUAGGUGGGACGAGUUUAUGACCCAUUACACAAUGGUCGGCGAUAAAAGCAAAGCUUAUAAUACGGAAUAUAAAAAAAAAAAAAGUUGUUCAAGGUAACAUGCUGGCACGUAAAUUUAAAACGCGAUUUGACAAUUAAAUUCUUUCUGAUGUAUUAUUUAUGUAUUAAUUCUUUUUAUGUUGUGUAUGGUAGAUUAUACAAUUUGCUUACAUAUAUGUAUAAGAGAGUUUAUCAUUGAAAGUAAAUUUAAAUUUUAGAAAAAAAAAAUAAAAUAAAUAAAUAUAAGUAAAAAUAAUGAUAAUUGAAAUUGUAGAAAAAUAUAGAAACUUGCAAGUAAAAUUAUAAAUAAAAGUUUAAUUCAGUUUCAAUUUCUGCAACCUUGGGAUAGGCAAAAAGUCGGCAUACCGACAUUAAAAUUCGAUUGGCUAGAGCCCCAGCUGCUUUUCCGGUCACUAGCUUACGAAAGGUCCCCCUCCUCCCCGCAACGGAACACCGUGCGACCGGCAACGUGCAGAGAAGCGGUAAAAAUACCGCCCCUGCACCAAGCACGCCACGGGUGCGGAUGUGCCGGCACAUCUCGUGUUAAAUGCCGCCUUUUAUUCGCUUCUUUCUAUACGCCUCUCUCUCUCUCUCUCUCUCUUUUGGCACGAAACAGAAAUCGCGCGAGAGAGCGAGCGAGUGGCUUUUCGAUCGCACGCUGCAUAGUCUUGUAAAACAUGUAGUUAAAAAAAAAAAAGAAAGAAAGAAAGUUGUGGGGACUAACACGGAAGGUAGCGAUUCCGAGGAGUUACUGACGGGAGUCCCGACGACCUGCAACGUCUCAUCGCCGCCGAAGACGGAGUCGCAACCGACUUUAAUUUCCCCCGCGGAGCCGCCGCAGGUAGCGGUUGAUGGCCCGAGCGUACCUGCAGCAGGACCUACCGGUAAUGACGAACAGCCUACUUGCGGUACAACGAAACAGCUUAGUUUCGAGGAAUUCGAAUGCGACGUGUCGGUCGCGGAAGGUGAUAGGAGGCGGCAGGAGUUCUCCUUCACCCUGUACGACUUCGACGGCCACGGGAAGAUCACGAAGGACGACAUAGCCGGCCUGGUGACUACCAUCUACGAUACGCUGGGCGCCUCGAUUCAAGUACCACCGUGCGGCAGUAAGACGAUCAAGGUGAAGCUGACAGUGUCGCCGGAUCAGCGGACCAGCAGCAGCAGCAGCCAGACGCCGCGCAAUCUCGCCGCCGGCGCUUGUACCGCAAAUGCCACGCAAACGUCGCAGACGACGACGUUGCCCGGUGGCCAGCAGCACGCCUCGUCGUCCUGUUGCCAUUUGAAGCAUGCCGUCCCGUGCAGCCAUGCAACCGCCGCCGCGACGCGUGUCACCGCCCGGCAUUGCGCGAGCAGAGUUCCUAGAAGGAGGAGAGCGACGCGGUAUCGUUGUCAGACUGAGCGAAAAGAAGUGGAGACUCACAGCGAAGACGAGGACGAUAACACCCGUGCAAAUCGAGUGCAGCAGGAGGAGCUGCGCAGAAGAGUCGGUCCGGUGCCCCAUUUACCAUCCCCCUAUUCAAACAGCUCGGAGGGUGAUGUGAGCGACGAUAGUGACACUUCCCCCGCGUUCUCACCAUUAACGCCUCUUCUUACGACGAAUCAUAGGAAACGCAGUGGUGCUCUGCAAAGACAACAAUUGCUGGAGAUUAUUCAGGCUAACAUGGAAAAAAAUAAUCUCAGUUUUCACACAUCAAGGAAACGGCAUCAAAACGAGCAACCGCGCAUUUCAUCUCAUAGUCCCCAUCAUCUGGGAACCUCGAAUCAUAAUAAUCAAGACUGUCAAGCAACUCUGGAGCCUCGUCAAGCGGCUGUCAACUAUCACAAACCGAUUCGGGAAAGCACAACAACUCGUCAUUCCGCAUCGUUUCCCAAAGCAUCGGCGAAAUCGCGGACGGCGAAUCUCAGGAAAACACGGCACACGACACCGAGGAAUAACGCGGUACAUUCCUCUCCUCAGACGACGUAUCCGCCGACGAAUCGUAACGUCGUACCGCCGACAAUAGUCUAUAACGACACGCCGCAACACACGACUGCCAGCAACACGACCCACCGCAACAUUAUUAAUCUCGUGCCCAACAACAAUCAGCAAACUGCCAAUCAUCAGACAAUUACCAAUAAUCACAACAAUUUACAGCGCAACGAUGCACAGUUUGUUCCUUCGCAACAGUGCGGUAGAUCCAAGAAGCAUCAGCUGAAGCAUGCAACGCGAGAACAAGAUCAGGCUCGAGCGAUGGCGCAGGUCGUGCGUUGGCUUGAACGUGAAUUCUCGCAGAACGCAGUGGCGGCCACGUCCAGCCGUAGGCAUGUUCACGAGCAUAUACAUCACCACUAUCAUCACUAUCACGCCGAGGCUCUGGUCUAAUUGGCGAUCACAUAAAGUUUUUUCUUUUUUAAAUGUCUCAGAUUUUUGGAAAAGCUUACAAUAUGAUCGAAUAUAUUUUAGGAGAGAACUUUUAUUUGUAUUUAUCUUGCUGUUAUUUUGAUAUCGUGGAGAUAAUUUAAUAUUUUUCAAACAACGUCGUAAGAUAUAUUUUAUUUUCGAGCGCUUAUAUAUAGAUUAUUUAAAAAAAUCGUAUACAAUCUCUAUAUAAAUUAUUCAUUGAAUCUCCAGUUUGUUUUCUUAUACAAGGCAAACUAUACUAAUUUAUAUAUAUGUAUAUCGCAUAGUUCGAUUAUAUAUCCCUAAUGUUCAUACGCGAAUAAUGGUGAUGCGUCAUCACGUAUUUUUAUUCUAAUAUAAACGACUGAUCCCUCUUCUCCUCAGUAUUUUAUCCAAAAAUACGGCAUACUUGCAAUAUUCUUCGAUAUUGCCUUUGUUACGUAAAUUUAUAAGUAUCGUCUAGAGAAGAUGAGAAAUUUCUUUAUACUUUUCUAUAUUGUAAAUCUAUAUAAUGAUGCAGUUUGUUUAAAAUUAUUGGAGAAGACGUGUGUAAAUUAUACUAGUUACGCGAAUUUUUCUUUUUGAACAAACAUAUAGUUACUACUAAAAAAUCUCAGACUUACAAUUUAUCUACGACGAGACAAAUACAUUUCAGGAUAUAGAAACAAUACACACGUAAACUAUUUCGCAUGUGUUAUAGGAGUGAAAAUUACAUUUUUACUCGAAUAAGAAAAAUGCAGACGUUCCUUUUCACAUUCGAACUGACGGUAAACUAUGGCUAUCCAUCGUUGUAUAUAAAAAGUAUCCCAAAGAGAAUCCAUUUUUCAGUAUAUAUACGUUACGAUUAAGAGAAACAAACGGUCUAAAGUCGUAACGAUUAUAAAAAAAACAAAGCAGUUCGAAAUACACUGUCUCAGACGAAUGUUCCUGUAAUCAGAGAUUGAUAUAAUUCUCUUCGCCGAAUGUAAUAUUCCUCGAACGCAAGUUUAAUGGUGCUUGUAUCAUAUAAUAUAUAUAGAUUUUUGAGCGAACGCAUAGGAUUUUUUCGGUAAAGAAAUGUUUCAUUCUCACGUACAUAUACAGAGCGUUCUAAUACUUUUGUCGCGCAAGCGGAUUGUUCGAUCAUUUUUAAAUACUCCUCUUUGGCGGAAAUAAACUGAGGUACGUGCAGAGGAUAAAGGAAAAUUUUUAACAAAUUAAGAGGAAGAUGUAUUCUACUUUUAAUUUCACGCAUGCGAUUGAAUUUUAAUAAGAUUUCAAUUUAAAGUGUGAAGUUAUAAAGAUAUAGUUGAAAAUUGAAAAACUUGCGAUAAAGAAAUUAUCUGAACGAUUUCGCGCUGAGAAAAAUCUGAUAUUGAAGAAUAAUACCUCGAAAUACGCCGUGUACAUCUCGCUAGUCCUAAAUUACGAUUAAUGAAAUUCUUUCGUUAUCUGCAAAGUACGAUGGAUAUCUAGAAAGAAAGUGACCAUGAAAUUCUUACUCUAGUGCCUUGUAAUCUAUAACUACGUACUUGCGAACAUUGGUCUUCUUUCUGAAAACCUCAUCUUUUUACUCAUUGUGCGUGCGAGUCAAGAAUCAAGUUCGUCCCAAGUAUUGGACAUUAAACUGUAUUAUUAAGGUUCGCACGUCAUUAUGUAAAACUCGUUGCAAGAACUUGGAUCAUUAUUGCAAGUUGUUGAAACGGCGAUUAUUUAUCACUGGUAACACACGCGCGAUGUAACGUGUGUGAACGCGAAUUAUGCGUGAAUGUCGACAAUAUCUCGCGAUCAACAAAAAGGAGACAAAAAGUAUUACGAUUACCUUUAGCGCGCGCACUAGCGCAAUUAAUAUUAAAUGCAACUAAUAUUAAGAUUAGAUACAUUGAGAGAGAAAGAGAGAGACAAACGUGUAAGGGUCUUCGAUAAUAUUAUUAUGUUGCGAAUCAUGUAAUUUUAUAUAUAUAUAUAUAUUGAUAUAUAUAUUUGUGUAGAUAUUUUCUGUAACUUUUUUUCUAUUGAUAUUUAUUAAAACAUGUUUUUAUACAUUA